GAUUUGCUGGAGAUGAUGCUCCCAGGGCUGUGUUUCCUAGCAUUGUUGGCCGGCCACGUCACACUGGUGUGAUGGUGGGAAUGGGGCAGAAAGAUGCGUAUGUUGGAGAUGAAGCUCAAUCUAAGAGAGGUAUUUUGACUCUUAAGUAUCCGAUUGAACAUGGUAUUGUGAAUAACUGGGAUGAUAUGGAGAAAAUUUGGCAUCAUACUUUCUACAAUGAAUUGCGAGUUGCUCCUGAAGAACAUCCGAUUCUUCUUACCGAAGCUCCUCUUAACCCUAAGGCUAAUAGGGAGAAGAUGACACAGAUUAUGUUUGAGACUUUUAAUGCACCUGCUAUGUAUGUUGCCAUUCAAGCUGUUCUUUCCCUUUAUGCUAGUGGAAGGACAACUGGUAUUGUUCUGGAUUCUGGUGAUGGUGUUAGCCAUACAGUACCUAUAUACGAAGGAUACGCACUCCCACACGCUAUUCUGCGUAUUGAUCUUGCAGGGCGCGAUCUGACUGACGCCCUAAUGAAGAUCUUGACUGAACGUGGAUACUCUUUCACUACCUCUGCUGAACGUGAAAUCGUGAGGGACAUGAAGGAGAAGCUUGCUUAUAUUGCUCUUGAUUAUGAACAAGAGCUGGAAACUUCCAAGACUAGCUCUAGUGUUGAGAAGAGUUAUGAAUUGCCUGAUGGACAGGUGAUCACGAUUGGGGCAGAGCGUUUCAGGUGCCCUGAAGUACUCUUUCAGCCAUCUAUGAUUGGGAUGGAAGCUGCUGGUAUUCACGAAACUACUUACAAUUCGAUAAUGAAAUGUGACGUGGAUAUUAGGAAGGAUUUGUAUGGAAACAUAGUUCUUAGUGGAGGAACCACCAUGUUUCCUGGGAUUGCUGAUAGAAUGAGUAAGGAGGUGACUGCGUUAGCACCUAGUAGCAUGAAGAUUAAGGUUGUUGCUCCACCCGAAAGGAAGUAUAGUGUUUGGAUUGGUGGUUCUAUCUUGGCUUCUCUUAGCACAUUUCAGCAGAUGUGGAUAGCUAAGGCUGAAUACGAUGAGUCUGGCCCUUCAAUCGUGCAUAGGAAGUGCUUCUAAGUUCAAAUCCGACAAAGAUUAAAUUUUGCGGAUUCAAAUUUACUUCGCAUAAGGUUGAAACAACUUGCCGUGUUUCUUGCUCUAUUUUCUAAUUUGUUUACCAUUUUUAUCACUACUUUGUCGUACUCUUGUACUUUCUGUUCGUUUCCAAGCAUUUUAUCAAUUUUUAUGGGACAAAUGGUUCUUGAAAAUUGAGUUUUUCUAAUGA